AUGAGUAAAGCAUUUGACUCGCUACAUCCCACUUUACUCUUAGCUAAACUCAAAGCUUAUGGAUUCACUCAAAACGCGUUAGAUUUGAUGAAAUCAUAUUUUAAAGAACGUAUGAAUAGAACAAAAAUGCGACAGGUAACCAGCGAAUGGAAAGAAACAAAGAGAGGAUGUCCUCAAGGCUCUUCUUUGGGCCCGACGUUAUGGAAUAUCUACCAGAACGAUUUAUUUUAUGUUGAACGUGAAAGUCGGCUAUCUGAGUACGCGGAUGAUCAUCAGCUUUACUACGCCCAUAAAGAACCAGAGAGAGCAGUGGACACUAUAACCCGAGAUGGAAAACAAACCUUCUGUUG